GCAGCUUGUCAUUUUUAUCUCUACUCUAGGUUAUAUUUUGUCUAAACAACAUUUUGUAUUUCAUUAGCAAUUUUCGUUGUUUCACUGACCUACUAUACAACCGGGAGUUAAUUUUAGUGGUCUAGAAAAUCUGUUGUACCUUUGUAAGUCUUAAAAUACAUUUUUUAAUUUGUUUUCAAAAGUGAAGGUUAGAAUGUCAUCUGUGUUGUUACGCCGAAUUAUCUGAUGUUUUACCUGUAAUUUAAAAACGUUUGGUCUUCCGAUAGCAUGGCUGGAAUGGAAGAUUAUUUUGGACCUCGGAGAAAGGCAGAUAUGUUUGAUGAAUUAGAAAAUGGACAGGAUUUGAGGGGUGCUGUUCCAAGACGUCCAAAUGAUUUGAAAGGAUUGCAAAGUCAAAGACCUUACUUUGCCAGCGAAAUGGAUUAUCAAGGAGUAAAAACAGCUCCCAGGCCUUAUAAUAUAAAUAUUGAUAGAGAUUUAACUAUAAGGCCGGCAAAUAUUCAAACGCCUAUAGAUGAUGAUGAUGCGGUUGGUCGAAAGUACAUUACCACAGGAGUUGGUUUAGCGACCCUAAUUACAGAAAAUCUUCUGUGUCAUCCAUUUGUGGUGUUAAGACGACAGUGUCAGGUGCACAAUAACUCAUCAAAAUACCACCUAGUCUCAAUCACCCUUCUACCCGUCAUCUGGCGUCUGAACCAGCGUCAGGGGUUGACUACCCUUUGGAAGGGUUUAGGUAGUAUGCUAUUGGUAAGAGGAAUGGCAUUGGCUGUCGAAGAUAUCAUUUCGAAAUUCACACCAUGGCCAAAGGAGUUCAAGUGGCAUCAUUCAGCCAAGAGUCAUGGCCAACAUAUUAUGCUCAAGUGUCUUACCUUAGCAAUAAUCACCCCGUUCUACUCAGCUAGUCUAGUGGAAACGGUGCAAAGUGAUAUAGCCAGUGAGAAACCUGGAAUAUUUGAUGUCUUUCGGGAAGGCUUGUGUCGCCUGGUUAGCUGGGGAAGUCCACAAAAGGGUAGAAUGCUACCCAUUCUGAGUCUAGUAGUACCAACAGUUGUUUUCGGAGUGAUGAAAUAUAUUUUCGGUCUCAUUGUCCAGAAUGUUACCAGUAGAAUGCUGCUCAUCUCACAUAGGAUAAACCAACAAAAACAGGGCGCUCUUUCCAAAGAUGUUCUGAAUCCUAUUGUGAACGACGAAAUAGAGCUUCAAUCUAACAUGAUAUCUCUAAUUAUCAGUGAAACUAUUUUCUAUCCAUUUGAAACGAUCCUUCACCGGUUGCAUCUCCAGGGAACUAGGACAAUCAUCGAUAAUCUAGAUACAGGAUCUCAUGUCACCCCCAUACUGACAAGCUAUGAAGGGGUAGUCGAUUGCUAUGAAACCACUUUGCGACAAGAGGGUGCUGGAGGCCUGUACAAAGGUUUUGGUUCACUACUAAUGCAAUUUGCUGCUCAUGUUGCUGUAGUUAAGACUGCAAAGUUGGUACUGAUGACAAUUGCCAAUUCGGUGUGUGGUGGUGGCAACACUAGUGGAGGAGGAGGGACAGUAGCCACGCCCAAUUUUGGUGUAGGGGGAAAGUUAGCUACGCCUUCUGGCUUGGCAACACCUCUUAUUGGUGGAGGGGGAAAGUUAGCCACUCCCUCUUCUGAUGAUGGGGGAGGAGCCUCGCACUUACCAACGCCUACUUCUCGGUUAGCCACGCCUCUAGUUGGUAAUAACAGGCAGCAGUUUACAGAAGAUGAUUUAAACAGUUAUUAUGGCCUGGAGGAGGAUGUUUUUGGGUACAAGUUGGGUGGUAGAGGGGAUGGGUAUUGAGAGAAAUUGUUAGUUAAGUUUUGGAAAUAGAUUGUAAAAUAUCACUGUGUCAUAUGAUUUGUCAAGCUGCUGUAAUGUAAGAAUAAAUAUCCAUUUACAACAGGCAGCAGUUGAUGGAAGAUUAUUCAACCACUUAUUUUAUCAGAAAUUAUUAUUCAUCCAAUAUAACUACACUUAAAUGACAUCAAUGGACUCUCAUCUAGCUAAUUGCUUCUUGUUGCAUUGAUUGAUAACACCAUAUUUAACUGCGGUUGAAUUUAAUAGACAUGCAUGCAACCAAGGGUAGUUUUGCAAGUAAAUAAAAAACUUGGAAGUGUCCACGUCCUAAUCUACCGGAUUAUUGUGAUUUGGAGGAUUUAGAUUUUAAAUUGUGAGCUAAGAUGAAGGGUUUAUAAUGUACUGAGAAAUUUGUUUUCUUAAAUAAAUGAUCAGACUCCACAGUAUCAAUGAUUCAUUGAGCUAGUUUAAUUUGGAGAAUGCAGCUUGUAACUUACACGCGGCUUGUAGAUGGGGUGUGUGGAGACUGCAAGCUAGUAGCAGCCAGCAGUCUUAUUGUAUCACUUCCCUUCAAUAUAUCCAUAGAUUUUAUUACACCAUAGCCUAUGAGAAUACUAUCAAAUAUCUGUCUAAAUAAAUAUAGUUGCUAAUAGUGGCGUCAUGAAAGGCACUGGCUGCUAUAGUGAGAUCCAUGUUAUAAUGGCAGUGUUUGAUUAGCAAUAGUAUUGCUAUCCUUGUCUUCAAGGCUGUGCAAAGGCU